GGCUGCUGCUGCUGCUGCUGCUGCUGCUGCUGCUGCCAUUGGAAAGGAAGGAGGCCCUUUGCAAAGGAAAGAAGCUGGAUUUGCAGACUCUGGGGAGCAGGAUUGCAACCUUUCUGACCUCCUCUUGGAUUUGUUUUCUAUUUUUCCCCUCCUUUGAAAGGGCCUGGCCUCUGGUUUUUGCCCCUCCUUGCAAAGGUUCCAGUUUUGGAUUGCUUUUUGUCUUUCUUUCCUACGAAUCCAAACGAGAUCGUCUUGAAAAGGCAGAGCAUGGAGGCCAGUCACGCAGGAAAGGGCUUGAGAGGCUCAUCCCGGGACUGAAGCGGAAUGGCUGGUGCGGAUGAUGGGCCCGGGCCCUUUGGAGGAUUGAGGAGGAGCCUGGAUUUUAACCUUGCCUUGGGCUAGGAGGAGGAGGAGGGACUGUGGGGGUCCUUUUGCAAGGGGCUGGGGCUGGUUUUUGCAAGCCUUGCUGGGGGUUGCAGAGGCUUCUUCAUCGGGGGCCCUUUUGGGGGUUUAGACUUUGCAUUUGACAUUGUUGGCAUUGACAUUUUGCAUUUGGGAGACCUCUCUGUCUCUGUCUCUUGGAGCCUCUGGACUGCUGCUACAGGCUUCCUCGGGGUCUUUGGGGGGCUUUGGCUUGCUCCUUCUCUCCUCUCUCUUCCUUCCUUUGGGAAGCAGCCAGGGGGAUGCCUUGGGCCUUGGCUCCCUGGGAGCCUCCGGAUCGCCUGGGGCUCUGAGCCCUUCUUCCUCGGUGGGCCCUUGCUUCCCACCCCCCAAAGGCUGGGGCCCUCCUCUGCCAGGCCAGCCCUGCUGCUGCUGCUGCUGCUGCUGCCGCCUCGCUUGCUGCUGGCCCUGGUGGCCCGGCUCCUCUCGGCUCUCCUCGCCCUCUUGCCAGCCAAGCUCCGGGCUCCUCUCUGGGCGCUGCUGCUGCUGCUGCUGCCUUGGAGUGUGGCACUGAGUGCCCAGAGUGGGGCCAUGGCUGGGGCCAAGGAGAACCCCUGCAGGAAGUUCCAGGCCAACAUCUUCAACAAGAGCAAGUGCCAGAACUGCUUCAAGCCAAGAGAGUCCCAUCUGCUCAACGACGAAGACCUCAGCCAGGCCAAACCUAUCUAUGGUGGAUGGCUUUUGCUGGCGCCAGAAGGCACUGAUUUUGACAACCCUGUGCACCGUUCUCGGAAGUGGCAGCGCCGGUUCUUCAUCCUCUAUGAGCACGGCCUCCUCCGCUAUGCUUUGGAUGAGAUGCCCACCACUUUGCCGCAGGGCACCAUCAACAUGAACCAAUGUACGGACGUUGUGGACGGCGAAAGUCGGACCGGGCAGAAGUUCUCCCUCUGCAUCUUGACCCCCGAGAAAGAGCACUUCAUCCGGGCGGAGAACAAGGAGAUCAUCAGCGGGUGGCUGGAGAUGUUAGUUGUCUACCCGAGAACCAACAAGCAGAAUCAAAAGAAGAAGAGGAAAGUGGAGCCCCCAACGCCACAGGAACCCGGACCAGCGAAGAUGGCCGUCACUAGCAGCAACAUCCCCAGCGCGGAGAAGGUCCCGACCACCAAGUCCACGCUUUGGCAGGAGGAAAUGCGUGGCAAGGACCAGCCUGAUGGCAAUGGGGGCAUCAGCCCGGCUCCCAGCCCUGUGCAAGGUCCAGCCCCCUCCGCUUGCUCUUUGAAGGAGCCAACGUUGGAAAGCAAAGAAGAUGAAAGCGCCAUGAACAGCGACCGCAAUGAUUGCGGGCGGAAGACGCGUGUCGAGAGCGGCUACUUCUCCUUGGAGAAGACCAAGCAGGAGGUCAAGCCAGAAGAGCAGCAGCUGCCAACUCUGCCAUCUCCUCCCAGCCCCAGCACCCCCAGCAACAGGUACGGUGACCCCAAAUCACCCUCCCAGGAGCAGAGUCGCCCUUUUCCUUCCCCAGGUCCCCACCCGGGCAGCCGGAUGGUGUACAGCUUCUCUCUCAAUGCCCUGGACUCAAGGCACAAGGACUCCACUGACAGAGAUGGAGCGUGGGGAACAGAGCGCCUGGGCCGCCCCCUGGCCUUUAAAGCCAGCCGGCAGUAUGCCACCCUGGCUGACGUCCCCAAAGCCAUUCGGAUCAGCAACCGGGAGGCCUUCCAAGUGGAGCGGAAACGGCUCGAGCGGAGGUCCCGAGCCCGCAGCCCCGGAAGAGAGGAGGUGGCUCGCCUCUUUGGCAACGAAAGGAGGAGGUCCCAGGUAAUUGAAAAAUUCGAGGCAUUAGAUAUCGAGAAUGCUGAACAUAUGGAGACCAACGCUUCCACCAGCGAGACUCGACAGGGCAGGAGCGAGAAGAGGGUCUUCCCCAGGAAACGAGACUUUGUUGCUGAAACGGCAACCAGCUCCAUCCUGGAUAUGUCGGCUUCCCCUUUGUCCCCGCACCGUAGAGCGAAAUCACUGGACAGAAGGUCUACAGAGUCUUCCAUGACUCCUGACCUGCUGAAUUUCAAGAAAGGGUGGCUGACCAAGCAGUAUGAAGAUGGGCAGUGGAAGAAACAUUGGUUUGUCCUGACGGAUCAGAGCCUGAGAUACUACCGAGAUUCUGUGGCAGAGGAGGCUGCUGAUUUGGAUGGGGAAAUUGACUUGUCGACGUGUUUUGAUGUCACGGAAUACCCUGUUCAGCGGAACUAUGGCUUCCAGAUCCAUACUAAAGAAGGAAAGUUCACCCUCUCUGCCAUGACAUCAGGGAUCCGGCGCAACUGGAUCCAGACCAUUAUGAAGCACGUUCGGCCCACCACAGCGCCGGAUGUGACCAGCUCUUUGCCAGAGGAGAGGAGUAAGACCAGCUCCUCUUUCGACGCCUGUCCCAAGCCAAGUGAGAAACAAGAUGCAGAGCAAGCAGAGAUUGACCCUGAACACAAGCGCAGUCGCGCUCGGGAACGCAGGCGAGAAGGUCGCUCCAAAACCUUUGACUGGGCUGAGUUCCGUCCCAUCCAGCAAGCCCUGGCACAGGAACGGGCAAAUGUGGCAGAGAAUUUGAAAGACAGUGCCACAGCCUUCCCCAAAGAGCCUGGUCUCCAAGAUGGAGAUUCGGGGGAACUUGAGAGAGAACGCGCUCGGCGAAGGGAGGAGAGGCGCAAGCGAUUUGAAAGCCUGGAUGCUCCUGAUGGGGGAGGCGCUGAAGACCUCUCUAGGAUGGAGGUGGACAGACUUCCAGGGUUGCCCAUCUCUUCAGAAGCAAAGUCUCAGAACGUUCAUGUGGAGAUAGAGCAACGCUGGCACCAAGUAGAGACAACACCGCUGCGCGAGGAGAAGCAAGUCCCCAUUGCCCCUUUGCAUCUCGCACAUUCAGAGGAGAGCAGCGAAACACUCCACAAGCAGCACCUCACCACGCUCCUGGAAAAGGAGUUGGAGCAGAGCCAGAAAGCAGCCUCUGAUCUUCUGGAGCAGAAUCGCGUCUUGCAGGACCAGCUGAAAAUAGCCUUGGGCCGUGAACAGAGCGCCCGGGAAGGCUAUGUCCUACAGACGGAGGCCGCCGCUUCCUCAUCGGGGGCCUGGCAGAGGCUUCAUAAAGUCAAUCGAGACCUCCAGAGCGAGCUGGAAGCCCAAUGUCAGCGCCAGGAGCUUAUCAACCAGCAGAUCCAGUCCCUCAAGCGUAGCUACGGAGAAGCAAAGGAUGUGAUCCGGCACCAUGAGGCCGAGAUUCAGAGCCUGCAAGCAAGACUCAGCAAUGCCGCCGCAGAGCUCUCCAUCAAGGAGCAGACUCUGGCUAAGCUAAAGAACGACUUGAAAGCUGAAAAGAAGAAAGCGCAAGAGCAGAUGGAAGAAUGGCAGCACAGUGAAACAGCCCUGAGCUCCCAGUUAAAAUCCAGUGAGCAGAAGCUGAAGAAGGCAGAAGCACUCUUGUUAGAAAAGACCCAAGAACUGAGGGAUCUGGAGACACAGCAGGCCUUGCAAAGAGACUACCAGAAGGAAGUGCAGCGGCUCCAGGAUCGGAUUGCUGACCUGAGCCGGCAGCUGAGUGCCAGUGAGCAGUCUCGCAUGUCGAUGGAAGAGAAACUCCAAAGGAAUUAUGAGGCUUUGCUAGAAAGCUGUGAGAAGGAGAAGCAGGUUUUGAUCCAGAGUUUGAAAGAAGUAGAGGAUAAAGCCAGCGAGUAUGAGAAUCAACUUCAAAACAGUGAGCAGCAAAUGGAAAUUUUGCAGACAGAAAAACUGACGGCCAAAUUUGAAAGUAGUGAAAUUGUCCACCAGCUGGAGGAGCAGCUGGAAAUGAAGGAAGCAAGCAUCCAGAACCUUGUUGAUCACAUAAAGAGUCUUGAGGAAGAAAGGGAUCAGAUUAAGUCCCGGUUCCAAGAGCUGAUGAAUCAAGUUGCCGAGUCUGAUAAUGAGGUGGCCAAGCUACAAGCCAAGCUGCAACUGGAAGAGAGCCACUAUCACACUUUGGAACGUUCCUAUGAAGUGGUGUCCGGACAAUUUCAGAACUUGCAGAAAGUCCUGAAAGAAAAGGAGGAAGAGCUGAGAGUAGUGAGGGAAACCCAUUUGAGAGUUGUUGAGAAAAAGGAUCAAGACUUUGGUGAAUGUUUACUUAAAAAGGCCGCCAUGACCAGCAGCAUAGAGGAAAUGGAAGAAAAUCAGAAAGCCAAAGAAGAUGUGUUGAAAAUACUGUCUGAUGAGAAUAUAGCAGCAGACAUUGCUGAUACUGGACAAAUAGUAGAGGAAGUGCAACAUUUACAUGUGGAAGGAAGGCUUCCAGUUUCAGAUUGCAUGGCCAUCCAUGGUAUGGAUGAUGAUGAAGUCCCCAAUACAAGUCAGAGGCAAAUACAUGAGCAUACAGCAAUGAACACAGAGGAAUGCAAGUCUCCAUCCAAGUCUACAGACUUUAAUGAAAGGGAAAUUUUUCAGAAGGACUCAACAAAACCUGAUGUAGAAAUUCCAGGAGCCAAAAGACAAAGGAUUCGUUUUUCCAGCAUUCAGUGCCAAAAGUACAUUCACCCCGAUGGAUCAGAGAAGACAUGGACCAGCAGCACAUCCUCCGACACCAGCCAGGACAGGUCCCUUUCUGAAGAUAGCAUGUCCUCAGAACCAGCUCCCUGUUAUCCACCCGCAGGUGAUCCUGAGACUUAUCUGUCGAUCAUUCACUCCUUGGAAACAAAACUUUAUAUCACAGAAGAAAAGCUCAAAGAUGUAACCAUGACACUUGAAAGCCAGCAAGGCCAUAAUCAAGACACUCUCAUUGCCCUCCAUCACCAGUGGGCCAGCACAGAAGCUCAGCUUAGGGAACAGCUUCAGGAGAGCUUGACUCAAGUCGGCAUGCUGGUUUCACAGCUGGAAAGUGAGAAGCAGUCAAAGCUUAAGCUGAUGGAGAACCAUAUCAAUGAAUUGGGUGGGCUUCAUGGAAGAAACAACCAAGCCUUGGUUUGCUUAAGCCAGUGCAGAGAACAGCUCAGAUUGUUGCCCAGAUCUGACAAAGAAAAAGAAAGAGAGGUGUUUUUGGAUGCCCUAUCCAAUAUGGAACGUACUCUGUCUAAUGCAAUCCAGGUGUUACAAUUGACAUUUUCUUUGCCUGACCAUCAAGCAGAAGAGUAUCCUUCAGCCCAGUCUUUGCAUGCAGAAGGCAGCUGCCUUGAAGAGAAGAAAGCUCAUCUUCCCCUGCAGCAACUGGAACUUUCUGAACCAGACCAAUUGAGGUUGCUUUCCAGGAGGGUGGCUUUUGAAUCUUCGUUGAUCAACCAGAUAGCAGAGUCUUUGAGAGAUGCUUCUUCUAAGAUUUCUUUGACCCUUAGAGAGAUCCAUGGUACGGUGGAUGCAGUUCUGUUAGAGCCUUCAAACAUUUCACAUACUGCAGUAGCCUUGGCUGAUGUCUUAUCCAAAAAGCUGGUGUUGGAAGAUCAGUUUUGGAGUCAGGUAGGGGAGUUAAGGAAACAUUUGGGUGCUAUGGGCGAAGAAGAUAGCGAGAAAGUGGGGAGACUGAGUUCCAAUGUCCCAGAGUGCCUCAUUCAGUCGGUUGCAGACAGCACACUGGUUAAAGCAGAGCUUGGGUUUGUUGCUCAGAAAAUGAGAGAAUCCUUUCACCAGAGGUUAAAAGCCAUUGAAGAAGACCUCCACAAUACUAAAACAGCUCUUCAGCAACAUAAGUGCAUGUUGGAGGAAAUCAUUAAAGCUUACAGGACACCCGAUUUUGAUGGAGUUAUGCACCAGAUUUCUAAAGCCCUUGAAAUCCAAGAGGAUGCUUCAGGAGGAGUCCAUACAGCAUGGGAUGUAAGCCUUCAUGGCUCCAUGGCAGGAGCCCAGAGUUUGCAGGAUCUUAGCAGUCAGGCUCUGGCUGCUGUCCAUGAUGAUCUUGCUCAGCAGCUCAAAGACAGGGCAAAUGUCCUCAAAGAAAUCUCUGCUGCUCUCUUAUCUCUGUCCCCUGAAGAUGCCCUGAAAGACUGCCACAAACUCCUAAAGACUUCUUACAGUCCUCCCUAUGAUAUUUGCAUGGGGGAUCUUGAGCGUUACUCUUCUUUACUAGUGCAGGAUGCGAUUGUCCAGGCCCAGGUUUGUUAUGGGGCUUACAGAGCCAGGUUGGAGUAUGCAAAGGAGGCCAAGCUGUACAAGGACUCUCUUCAAAAUGUUGAUGCACUGUGUCAGGAACGCAUACGAGCCGUUGGUUCUCUCAGAGAAGAGUAUGAAGAACUGCUCCGGAAGCAGCAGAAUGAGUAUGCAGAAAUGAUUUCUGUGCUCGAAAAAGAGAACGCAGAACUCAAGGCCAAAGCAGAGCAGCUCGACAGUCAACGGAAGCUCCUGGAAGAGGAAGAGCAUAAGCAGAGCCAAAAAAUGUCAGACCUCCAGGGUAGUUAUGAAGAGGAAAUCCAAAACGUUGUUGAGCAGCUAAACAAGACUAAGGACAUGUUACAGACUGAACAAACUGAGGGGCUCCUCCGUCUAGAUGUCCUUGUGCAAGAUAAGCACAACUUAGAAAGGCAUCACCUUGAGCAAAUGCAGGCUUUGGAGGGCGAGUUCCAGACUAAGAUGAAAGAACUGCAAGUCCUCCACAGUAAGGAGCUGCAGGCCUUGCAAGAGCAUUACAACCAGAAUCUACAGCAUUUGCAGGAAUCCUUGGACGAGUACCAGAAGCAGCACCCAGAAACAUCGCCCACAGUAGCAUCUGGUGCAAGAGAAACAUGGGCAGCAAAUAAGGCCAGUGGUGGAAUGCAGGUCUCUGAAAGUGAGCAGAAUGCCAUGCAUGGGCUAAGAGAGCGCAUUCAAGAACUAGAAGCCCAGAUGAAUGUCAUGAGAGACGAGCUGGAGAAUAAGCACCUUGAAGGCAAUGCAUCCACGCUGCGGGAGAAAUACCAGAAAGACUUUGAGAAUCUUAAGGCGACAUGUGAACGAGGGUUUGCAGCUAUGGAAGAGACGCAUCAGAAAAAGAUAGAAGACUUGCAAAGGCAGCAUCAUCGAGAACUGGAGAAGCUGCGGGAGGAGAAGGAUCGCUUGCUAGCAGAGGAGACUGCUGCUACCAUCUCAGCCAUAGAAGCCAUGAAGAAUGCCCACCGGGAGGAGCUGGAGCGAGAGCUGGAGAAGACUCAGCGUUCCCAAAUUAGCAGCAUCAAUUCAGACAUAGAAGCUCUCCAGAGACAAUACCUGGAGGAGCUUCAGUCUGUCCAGCGUGAACUUGAAGUCCUCUCAGAGCAGUAUUCUCAGAAGUGUUUGGAAAACGCUCACCUGGCCCAGGCCCUGGAGGCAGAGAGGCAGGCCCUCCGCCAGUGCCAGCGGGAGAACCAGGAGCUCAAUGCACACAACCAGGAGCUAAACAACCGUCUAGCUGCAGAAAUCACUCGGCUACGGACACUACUGACUGGGGAGGGCGGGAUGGAGACGGCUGGUUCACCUCUUACCCAAGGCAAGGAUGCCUACGAGUUGGAAGUCCUGCUGCGAGUCAAGGAAUCAGAAAUCCAGUACCUGAAGCAGGAGAUCAGCUCUUUGAAGGAUGAGUUGCAAACAGCAUUGAGGGAUAAAAAAUACGCCAGCGAUAAGUAUAAAGACAUCUACACAGAACUCAGCAUUGUGAGAGCAAAAGCAGACUGUGACAUAAGCAGGUUGAAAGAGCAGCUCAAAGCAGCCACUGAAGCCCUUGGUGAAAAGUCUCCGGAGAACAGCACCGUCUCUGGCUAUGAUAUCAUGAAGUCCAAAAGCAACCCUGAUUUCUUGAAGAAAGACAGGACCAGUGUUGGCCGGCAAUUAAGAAACAUCAGGUCAAAGUCCGUUAUUGAGCAGGUCUCAUGGGAUAACUGAAAUGCACCAGAUUCCAGUCAUAUAGAGUCUGAAGGAAGGCCUGACGGUGCAGGAGCGCCUCAAGCUCUUUGAAUCCAAGGACUUGAAGAAAGACUAGUUCUCUCCUCCUUUCUGUUCGGCUUGAUCACGUGCACCUCCUUCGCUUGCAGCAUCGGAGCACAGGCACCCUUUCGUUUUGUUCUUUGUUCCUUAAGAUUCUCAUUGUUUUUUCCUUUUUUUAAAUGGAUGCUUCGGCAGAAAAGACUGAAAGAUCUGGCUGUUUUACUGCCCGCUGUCCAGUGGACUCUCUGACUUCUUGUCAAUAGGAGCAGGGAGGUAAAGGGCAUAUCCAACUCUUUGGCGUUCUACAGAAAAAAUCCUUCCUACUGUAUAUCCAUUACACUAAGUGUCAGUAUUAAGGCUUAACAGCCUAUCGAUAAGCUAGCUCUGUGUUACUGAAUGCUAAAGCAACAGGGCCCUGGGGAAGGGGAAGAAGAGGCCACAGACUGUGCUUAGCUCUGCCAGUUGAGAGUCACUCAGCACUUAGGUGCAUGCUUUGAGCCAUAUUUUAAACCUCCUGAACAAACUACGCACCAGGUUUUGACACAGCAGUCUCCCUCAGUACAAUGCGUUGGCUAGAGCCACAAGAACAAAAACACUGGCUUGCUGUCUGUCGGUGGUGCAGGGGGAGGCAUUUGGGAUUGCAUCUGGCAUCAUUCCACUCUGUGGACAAAUCUGAGAUAUAUUCCUCUUAAUUUACCGUAGAACUUUUACUAAACUGGCUUGUACACAGGUGAUAUAUGGAGGCUUGCCAAGCUCCUUGUAAAAUAAGUCUAAUAGUAGGCAGGCUCUUGGGGGAAUUUACCACUUCGUAUAACCAGCAACUGCUGUCCUCUUCCAGCUACAUUUCAGGGCACUCUCUCUUCUUUCAGUGGGAUGCAUUUGCCUGUGUGUAUACAUAGCACAGCGCAAACCAGAUUUUCCUUCCCUGUGGGUUCUGCUUAGACAGAGAUUGUUUCUUCUCUUAAAGAUGUCUGUUAAAGAAGAAGACAUUUGCACUUUUUAACUUGCCCUUCAGAUAAAUCUUUGCCAGCUUCUACCGUGCAACUGGCAGGAAUGGUACAGAACUGUAAGUAGGACUACUUCCGAAGGCAGAAAACAGCUGAGAGAUGUGAGGUGUAUCAGACUCCCAAGCAGAGGCAAAAGGAAAAAAGGGCUUGCCUUUGGGUUUUGCUUAGCAGUUACACAACAGUUGCAAUACUUUCUGUCUGUUUGUGCAUGCGAAUCAUAUCUGUGUGGGGAUAGUCAGUUGCAUGAUGGUAGUAGAGAGGGAGCUCUAAGUAGCAGGGAAAUGGCAGGUCAAGUUGGUAGGAUGUUAAUGUUCAGUGUCACCGAUUGGAAACAAAACAGUUCUGUGGCCCCAUCUGGGUUUCUUUUUUCUGCUUGCUGUACCCAAUAUGCUGGAAGCACUGAAUACCUUCUGGGAUGUACUGGGUCCCUGGGCCAGUGGUCUUUCCUAACCAAGACAGUGUACAUAGAGACACAUUGAACAAUGCAUGCAUCCCCUUCCCCUCAAAUAGGGGAACUCCUCUCUGUUGAGCAGGUUGUAGCUCUCUCUAAUGACAGUUAAUUCUGUAAGCUUUAAGGGCAAAAUCGUUUUUUUUGUAUUUUAAAGUCUUUUACUUGCAUUCUGUACUAAUUCUGUAGAUUUCAGGUUACUUGAAGUGAAUUUCUGCUGUGCAGCCUAUUCAGACGUUUGGGCAGAAACUAAUCUGUAAAAUGAGCUUUUGUAUUUACCAGACAGCAAGAUCAGCCCAUCUCUCUUGUGCAUCUUCAUGCUGUCCUUAAUGCAUAGAGACAUAGUUCCAUUGCGGUGAUAGAGGUUUUUUAAAAGUAGAUACUCCUUUUGCAGCAAAAAAUACACACAAAGGCAUGCUACAGAAACUGAGCCUGGUAAUUUUAAUCCAUGUACCUGAUUAUCUUUUAAUGUACCACAGUAACAGUCGCUGUGGACCUUUGCUGCUAUUAAUGGCUAAAGCAAAGAGGGUCAUAAAACUGGGUUGUGUAAUGUUCCUUCAAGAGGAGUUGUCAUCUUGGAGCAGCAUGGUCUUAGAGGACCUUUGGUUUUGCAUCUUCUUGAUUUGUCUCUGGCAGUUCUUUUUCAAUGCUAUAUGAAUAGGACACAGGUUGGCUGGGUUUCAAUGAUAGCUCUAGCUGCAUAUCCAUACAUUCAGACUGCAGAGAACUGCUGGUACUUUACUGAGACAGCCAGCAUCUUUUCCCCUGAAGAGGUGAAGGAGGAGGAAGCAGAUGUGGCAGCUUGUCUCUGAAAAAUCUCUUCUGGGCUUGACUUGUUCUUCUUGCUCCUUCAGAAAACUAGGCUUUAACCAGAGUAGAAGAAGCUUAUUUUUCCAUGAUAUUUACCUGGGACUUGAGAUAAGUGUGCUAGAAGAACAAAUGAUGUCCUGAAAAAUCAUUGCAGUUAGACUUGUGAUCACUCCUCCUCCUCCUCCUCCUCCUUUUAAAAGUUCAGCUCUCCUUUAAGCUCACACUUCACACAAUUUAAAUUGGUGUAAAUGACUGCUGAAACCGUUAAACUUCCUUUUGUUCAAGACUGUCUACACUGCUGUGACCAAGGUGCUCUCCAUUCGCCACAAAGUAAGCUGGUAUUCCGAAAGGCUUAAGUACGUAUGUUAUAUGAAUAUACAGGUAUAUUCUGUUACAAGCUGCUCCAUUUUACAUGAACCUACACUACAAAAAUAUCCAGAAUGUAUGGCCUAAGAGAAAGUUCAAGCAAAUGGAUGUACAGUAUAAAUACACCUUCGUAGCGGCUUCCUAAAUCUUGUUUGCUGAAAAUCAUUUGUUUCCCUUUCUCGCAUUUCUGAAACAGAACUUAGUCAUCCUCUAUUAAAGCAGCUUGUUUUCCUUUAUCCUGUUAAGCGAUGGAGAAGGAGGGUCGCUGGUGCAAAAUCCAGGCAGGCCGUUCUUCCUCGGCAGAGGCUGCCUGCAAGGAGCCCAGUGCGUUGUUUCAAGGAAGCGUUGCUUUGUGUAAUGACUUGGUCAGACUCCCACUGGACCUUUUGCCUUUUGGUGGUCCAGGCGCAGUACUUCGUUGUGAACACUUUUAAGCACAUUCACGCUCCGCGUCGCUUACCUUCCUUUGUAAUUUGUUUUCCAUUUUUAAAGCUUUGUUAUCCUCUUUAAAAAUAAUUUAAAACCUGUAUAGUAUUCAGAGCACGCCAUGUAAAUAUUUAUUACUCAAACUAGCGGAGGGUUUUUUGGGGUGACUUUUUUUUAUCUUGUUCUAAUACAGAUGUCCUUUUGACUUGGAAAAGGAAUUUAGUAUAUAACCUGAUAAACCUGCUCUCUUCCCUGACAGAACGUUUGUUGGUUUGUUUGAAUGUUACAAAUCUAUUUUUAAAUCUCUCGGACGGAUACCUUCUUAGUUUUGGAAACGCCUGUCCAAAGAACAUGUACAGCGCUUCAGGACUUUAAAUGGACUUACCUAUACAUUGGUUUUCCUCCCUGUUCACUUCCCUUCCCUCCUAGUUGGCAGUAGCAUAAAACAACUCUUGGGUGUGCAGAUAACACUAUAUUUAUAUAGUAACGGUGGUGGUAGCUACUCUUCCUAAGCCUCCCAAUAUUCUUGCAUGGAUCUUUAACUAUUGCAAAGCAAGCAGAUGAUUUCUAUAAGGGAACCAACUACUUUUGAUUCCCACAACUCUUGACAUCCCUUUCGCACAGCAUUGUGUUGUAACAGCAUGGCAGAACGCAGCUAACGCAGGGUGACUGGUCAGUUUACUUACACUGUAUUUCAUUGUAAUCUAGUUUCAGCAAAGGUGCAGCGCUGAGGCCAUCCUUACUACUUGAAUCUGAAAUGUUUUUCACAAGGGAGGGACCCAUUGCUGACUGCAUGAUCAAGAAAGGUUAAGGGCGAUGUAGAUGUUUUGGUUUUUCAGUGGUGUCCAAAUAGCUCCUGGGAUGCUUCAAAAUCCACCAGAGGGUAAAUUAAACGGGGGGAGUUGGCAGUAGAACACAAUCUAGUAACAAGACAACUGGCAAAUCUAUUCAGCAAUUAUUGCUUAAGUCUUUUGUUUCCUUCUGCCAAGUAGAGCACUGAUUCUAACCUACUUUAAAAUAGCAACCAUCAUGUGUUUGAACACAAUGUACCUGUGGCUAAGAGGUUAGCUAGUACUACACACAGUGUCACUACUUUAGCUCUUUCUGACUCACACUUGUCACCAGCCUACUUCUAAGAUGCCCAGACUUACACUCUGAGCCUGCCUUGCCUGGGAAGCAGACCCACAUGAGCUUCAUUUCCAAUCUGACAAAUGACUGUUUCUCAAGAGUGGUCCUCUAAGAUAAUCAAGCAUGAAGACAAUUCCCGCUGCUUGCUAACUUCAGAGGCAACACAAGGCUGUGGGAGUGUUCUUUGUUUACAGGGGAUGCUAACCACUGAAAAACUCACAGGGCAGAUUUAGGUAAAACUGAUUCACUGGAGAGCUGGAAAUCUGCCUGCCUUGCAAAGAAGAAUGUGUUUUAAAUUAAUGAGUCUGAAAGGUAUCUUUUUCUGUUAAUUCCAUUUUCACACUUUGAAAAAGGUUCUCUCUUCAGCUGUUCACUGUAAUAGAAGUAUCACUUUGUCACAGUAUUUAUUCCACAUGCCAGGGUUCCCAUGGAUGUAGCUGAUGAUGAUUUUGUAAAUAUAAUUACCUAACUAUACAUAAAACUAUAUGGUAAUAAACUAUUUUUGCACCACC